AUUUUCAAGAAAAACGAAGCGAAGUUUCCUGUGUUCUUCAUGGAUAUUUCCGAACAUACAGAUUACAAAGAUUUUGUUUGGGCAAUUGCAUUAAAUCGAUUCGGUUUGGAACUGGUUGGUUUAUGGCCUAAUACAGAUAAAGUAGUUAAGCACAGCUACUUAAUGUCUGAUCUUCGCGUAGUCAUCAUUUUCGUUAUAAUAACAUUCAUCUCUGGUAUCCCACUUGUAUGGUCUCUUAUACGAGUUCGACGCGAUAUGAUACUUGUAAUAGACAAUUUACAAAUUACAUUGCCUCUAAUGGUAGUUUCGUUGAAACUUGUUAUGAUGCGGUGGAAGCGAACAGCUCUCUUACCCAUCAUAAAGAUGAUGGCGGAAGAUUGGAUGGCAUUGAAGUCAGACGCAGAGAGAGACGUGAUGAUAAAGCGAGCGCGGACUGCUCGAUUGAUCGUAAUCAUCGGAUACAUUUUGAUGAUAUUCGCGUUUUCUACAAUCAUCAUUUUUCCGUGUUUUGGCAUACCAUUCAGACGUAUAACAAAUCUCACGGAUCGGGACAGACUGUUACCGCUGCAGACGUAUUACUUCUACGACACAGAUAAGAGCCCGCAAUUCGAACUCACGUUUACUAUCCAAGCCAUAACGAUUUUCUUGGCAGCUAUAAUUUAUACGUCGGUAGAUGCAUUCCUUGGACUUGCGGUUCUUCACAUCUGCGGCCAGUUGGAGAACUUCAGAUCUCAAUUGGUCAACUUGGUGUCGGGUGAAGACUUUAAUAGUGCUUUACGAAAUAAUGUGAUCGCUCAUCUACGACUCAUCAGAUUUGCCGAUAAGAUUGAAGAUACAUUCGCGAUAAUGAUGUUGGGAUUAGUAUUUUAUUUUGGUAUUGUGUUUUGUCUAUAUGGAUUUCUGUUGCUUGUUGCAAUUACGGAUAAUGAAACAAAUGGUAUUUCUCUUUCACUAGUAUUUUACAUAAUGAUUGGUGUUAUUACUCUCUUAACACACACUUUUCUUUAUUGCGGGGCCGGAGAACUAAUAGCGGAACAGUGCGAAGCAAUAUACCGUACCUUACAUAAUCUCGAGUGGUACAAACUGGAGUCGAGAAAAGCGAGAUGUCUUAUUUUAUUGAUGACACGAGCCAGUGACCCUUUUCGUAUCACGAUAGGAAGGAUUGUUCCACUAACAAUGGCUACAUUUUGUAGCUUAUUAAAAACGUCAGCUGGCUAUAUAUCGGUUCUGUUGGCAAUGCGAGAUUAAAAUAUGAAAAUUAUUAGUAUAUAAUUCAUUUCGGAUAAAAAUUAAAUUCAAAAUAUUUU